GUGCAGGACAUCCCUCCAGAAGGUGAGCCAGCGGUCAUAACCUCAGACAAAAUGGCAGAUGCAAGCUUUCAGAAGGAAUUCCUGGAAACCCACAACGCCUACAGAGCGAAGCACAACACGGCAAAGAUGACUCUCAACAAAGAGCUGACGACGUCUGCUCAGAAAUGGGCAGAUCACCUGCUGAAUAUCGCCAUGAUGAAGCACAGCGACACUAAGGACGGAGAGAACAUCUUCAGCAUGUCCAGCUCAGCACCCAUUAAACUGACAGGGAAAGAAGCUGUUAAUUUGUGGUACAGUGAGAUUAAGGAUUACAAGUGGAGCAGCCCUGGAUUCCAGGGUGGUACUGGUCAUUUUACUCAGGUGGUGUGGAAAGACAGCACUGAACUGGGUGUUGGUUUGGCCACCAACGGAAAGCAGGUCUUCGUGGUCGGGCAAUACCGGCCAGCUGGCAACAUGAACAUGCCGGGAUGCUUUGAGAAAAACGUCCGCCCGCUAGCUUAAAAGAUGUGCACUUUGGCUGGCAGUGAGGUCAGUGGAGCAGGAAACGCCUCGGGUGAGGAAGGUGGAGUGAGCACAAAGACAACUUGCACGCUCCUGUUGAUCAACAUGACCAUCCCCGGAGUGCCCAAAAGCACUGUUGCUAAAAGUUCCAUGUUACAA